AAGUCUUCAGUGUCUGCAGUAAAGUUGUGUUUUAUCAUUUUCGUAUUCAUUACAUUUUCUUGGUGUUUUUAAGUAUUUAGUUUAUUUUUGUGCAAGUUAUAAUUUAAUUUAAAACUAAAAUGAAGCCAAUUAAAAGUCCUAAUUUUGAAAAUGAGAUGUCUGAGGAUGAAGAAGCUGCAUCCCCACCAGCUUCCGAUGAAGAUGAGGAGCUGGGAGAAGAAGAGGAGGAAGAGGAGGAGGAAGACGAAGAGGAGGCGGAGGACAAGGAGAUGCAGGCUGAUGAAAAUUCCGCAUCCGAAGAUUCCCUUGAUGAAAAUAAACCAUCUGAUCGGCAUCCUUAUCCCACUCCUCCGCCCGAUGAAGAUGCCAAAAUGGCGCCACUCGAUCUUCUGGCCAAAUCCAAGGCAAAUAUUAAAUCCGAGAUUGGGAAAAAGAAAGUACCCUUUAUCACCUUGGCCAUAAUGGCCAUUGAAAAGCUUAAGGAACGUUCCGGAUCAUCGGUAAUGGCCAUUAUGAAGUAUCUCAAGGAAAAUGGUCAUUCAUGGGAGGAUGAGAAACGUCAAGUUCGGAAUAUGAACAGAGCCCUCAAAUUGGGUGUGAUCAAUGGUCAGUUGCAGAUGGUAAAACGAUCCUUUAAACUAACAGAAGCCUCCAAGAAGGCCAGCAUGGCCGUGGAGAAAAUGAAGGCCAAAAAGGCCAAGCAAUUGGCCAAGGAGAAGGAAAAGGAAAAGCUAAAGAAGGCCAAGGCCCAGGAGAAGCAAAAGGAGAAGGCCAUGAAAAAGGCGACCAAAAAGGCUGAAAAAGGUGAGACAAAAGCGGCCACCAAAAAGGAGAAGCCAGGCAAGGCAUCCGAAAGGAAAACCAAUCAGGCCACAAAAAAGAAGAAGGCCGAGGAAGUGACCAAAGAUGUGCCACCAAAGGCUAAGACUGCCGCCUCAGUGGCCGCCAGAGCUUUAUUGGAUACUCCAACUCAAGAUGAAAUGCCAGCAAAAAAGCCGGCCAAAACCAAGGCCAAGAUCAACACUUCCGAGGCGGGAAAAGCCAAGAAGCCACGUAAAUCCAUUGGAACCCUGGCUCAAACCAAGGCCUCUAUGCCAAAUGUGAAGGCGGUCAAGAAAUUGGUGGCUGCCAAAUCUGUGGCCAUGUUAGAUGAUAUUGGGGAAUUGUCAGAGGCCCAAGCCUCAUCCACGCCUCAAGCAAAGGCAAAGCGCAAGCGCAAAGUUUGAUUUAAUUAUUUGAAAAUUGAUUUCAUUUAUUUAUGUAUAUUUAUUUUAUGUCUAUUUAUGUACAAUUUUAAGUUAAAUAAGUUAUAAUACAAGAAAAUGCUGCUUAA